AUGGGAGGCAAGAAUAAGAAGAAGGGCGCCUCCGGCGCCGAUGGGGUAGCCAGUUCGAGCAAGAAAAAGAAGGGACGGGGCGGCAUGAGCGACAAGCAAGAAGAGAACAAGAUCAGAACCUUGGAGGACCUUAACUCUUCCUCAGCUUGGGAUCGUGAUGAUGCCGAAGACGAUGCGACACGCGAACCGGAUGACGUUGCCGAAACUUCCGAAGAGCCCAUCGAAUCCACUCCGACUACAGAACAGGCAGAGGAUAUCACUGAAACUGAGCCAGUUAAGAACGACGAGCCGCAGGACGAGCUCCCACAGCAAGAGCCCGAUGUCGCCGACACUGCGAUACCUUGGACUACGACGCCGUCAGCGCGAAAGAAGAAGGCAAGCAACGUGUCAGACGCUGGAGAUGUCUUUAGUGAUACCCUUCCGAAUAGCCGAGCCCCUACUGAAUCAUGGUCGUUUGGUGAGAAAGGCGUCACAGAUGUUGCGAAGUCUCAAGAUGCUGGGAAGCUCCAAGAUACCACGAACUUUCAAGAUGAUCUAGGCGAUAAGCUCAAGCAUCUUUCGCUCGAAACACAGACAUCACAAGAAGACGUGAAAGCGACAGAUGGCGAGGAGAAGCAGGAUACGAUCGUUGCAGCUGAUGACGCUGUGUGCCGGCCAAAGGUCAAGGAUGAAGCAGCACCUAGAAAUUCUAGCGACGAGUCAUCAGCUCCUCUCGAAGCUCAUCGGGCGCUGUCACCGCCGCCUCGCAAAGAACCGCUUGGAGAAACCCGUGAGCCUACCGAAGAUCAGGGAGACAAAGUACGAGCGUCGACCGGAUUGCCUCAAAAGCCGAAGCCCAACGAUCGACUUGUACCACCUACUCAGGAAAUGGUAAAGCAGCCUGAGACUGCACGGCCCCUUGCCGAUAAGCCACAACUGCCGAGCAAGUCUCAGUCCUCUACUAAGGUCCAACAAACCCAAUCACCACCACCGGCACAGUUGCAGCAGCCCCCCAAGUCCAAGCCACCCACUCAGGUUCAACACACCCAGACACCACCACCGGCACAGCCUCCCAAGUCCGAGGCGCCUAUUCAGGCUCAAACACAAUUACCGGCACAGUCACAACGGCCUAGCAAGUCUAAGACUUCUGUUCAAGUUCAAGGCACCCAAACAGAACACUGGACACCUCCGCUGCCCCCAGUCACGCCUAAGAACCCUACCCGAGAUCAAGGCACCAAUACGGAACCAUGGACGCCUCCACUGCCUCCAGUAAAGCCCAAAAACGCUACUCGAGACCAGGGCACGCAGACAGAGCCAUGGGUUGAGCCACAGCCGCCGGCCAAACCCGAACCUAUCACCCGCAACCAAGGCGCCCAGACACAAGUUUCGUGUUCGUCAGCCCCGGAACCAAAGUCUCAUGGUAGGGCGAAGUCACCUCUUCGAGGGAUCUUGAAAAAGUCUACGGCUUCGCCGUCAGCUUCCACUGGGCCGCAGAACCAAGAAAUCGAGAUCCCUCAUGGCCGGCGAGCACCACGACCUUCCAAUUCCGCCACGCCAUCAGCUUCCACCGGGACGCAGGAUCAGGGAAGCGGCUUUCCCUAUGGUCGGCCAGCACCGCCGUCUAACGGUCUCGCACAGUCUAGCCAGAACCGGCGAUCGUUGGACCCAGAGCGGAACAACCAUGGCACGGCUAGGUCGACUUAUGGCUCAGCAAGCGGAACACCACUCGGAAGAUCCAACGUGCCUGCAACGCCUCCGGCUCGAUGGACUCCAGAUCAACGCAGAACACCUCGACCAACCCCAAUCCAAGCGGACCCUGAUUUAGUUGUAGAGCUGGUUGUAAAUCACCAGUAUGACAGAUCCGCAAUGGCUUACCAACACACCCUGGCGAGGAACACGGAUUACUUCAUUAGACUUGGAAACGUCUACUCAGCUUCUGGAAAAGUAUUGGCCCACUUCGUGGGCGAACAAUUCUCCAGCCGAGUGGUUAAAGAAUACGUGGAGUGGCUAGGUCGUGGUAGGCUUCCUACCAUGGCUUCCCUUGGUCGACUCACUCCUUCUACCGCUGACGAGGUUCUCAUGUUCUUGGCUCGCGCAUACAUUUUUGGCGAGCAGAUCGACGACAGGGCUUGGAUGAACGAUGUCAUGGAUUCGUUUACCUAUGUGCAUAUCCAUGAUUGGCGCCUCGAGCUGGACGAUGUCAUCUUAUUCACGUAUAAGUUUUCGGUUUCUCAUUCACGUCUGCGUACGCUUUUGGCGGAUAUGUUCGCGUACCUUCUCCCUAACCCUGAGCAAUUGCUGUCUCAGGAUGGCAUUCCACUAGUGCAGGAAUUGAGGGACCUGCCGUCAGCAUUCUAUCGCGCUGUACGAUGCGAGAUGACGCAUAGGACAAAUUGUACGCCCUCGUGCUGGCGCGCCCGUCUCGACCACCCAUCGCAUUACUAUAUUGAUGAAGAGGGAGAGGGUGGGCUUUCAUGGAGACAAGCGCCUGAUUGUGGGCAUGGCGAGGCUACAUCGAUGAGGUGA